GAUCAGCUGGUACAUUGUUAUUGUUUUAAAGUAGGUUACGCACUGUGUCGUUUGAAACAGGUUUUGCUUUACCUGCCGUUGAACUAGACCUAGAAUCUAUAUUCUAGAUCUACUGUUCAUUCAACAAGGAAGUAAAAGCAUGAAACAUUUGAUUCAAGAUGAAUAAUCAACCUCCAAAGUCUAAAUUAGAAAAUUGUCCAUCCAUUUUGCUUGAAGAUCAUGAAAAUACUGUGCUUUUCGAGACAAUGGGAAGAUUUUCUACUUCCCUGGCAACAGGUGUUGUGCAGCUCUAUUUGGCAGAGCAAGCUGACCGUAACAGAUGGAGCAAAAUACAUUGUGGUGUUGCAUGUUUUGUAAAAGAUUCCUCAAAGAGAUCCUUUUUUUUCAGACUUUAUGAUAUAAAGAAACAGAAGUUGCUAUGGGAACAAGAACUUUAUAGUCAGCUGGUCUACAAAGCACCUAGAGACUAUUUUCAUACUUUUGAAGGGGAUAACUGUCAAGUUGGUUUAAACUUUAGCAGUGAGGAUGAAGCAGUUAAAUUUAAAAAGGUGGUUCAGGAUAAGAUUGCAAUCCGGCAAAAGCGUAAACUACAGCGAAAACAGCGCAUGAGUGCCUCAAUGUCAGGAAACACAUCCGCUCCAACAACACCGGUACCCUUGCCUCCAAGAAACAAUAUGAGCCCCAUUGUGUCCCCUCAGCCAGUGUUUGUGCACAGUGUUGAACUGAGUAAGGUUAACAACAGCGUCCAGAAUGUUGACAAAAACAAAAAGAACCAAGAAAAUAAGAAAGAUGGGAAAAGAAAACUUACUAAGGCGGACAUUGGAACACCCUCCAACUUUAUACAUGUUACCCAUCUGGGGUGGGACCCUGACAAAGGACUUCAGCUGGAUCAGCUAAACCCUGAAAUGCAAGCAGUGUUUAAGUCCCUAAAUAUAGAUGCUAACUCCAACAUUGACAAGGAUACUUUGGAAUUUAUUCAAGAGUUUGUAGAGAACAAUGGUGGGUUGGAGGCAGUGAGGAAUGAAAUAAGGUCAGGGAGAAUACAAACAGUGUCACACACUGACAACAGAAAGCAGUCUAAUAAUCUUCCCCCUUCUCUCCCUUCUCGAGAAAACCACCCCCUCCCCGCACCACCAAGGGCGGCAGCACCAUCUCCUCCCAGUGCACCACUACCCCCACCCCCUCGACCUAGCGGUCAGCCAGGGAGGAGUGCCCCUCCCCCACCCCCAGGAAGGAACAUGCCCCCUCUGCCAGCUACACCCCAACAGUCCCACUCCAGACAACCACCCCCACCCCCACCUACAGGUGGUCCUCCGCCACCUCCACCACCACCACCACCUCUCAUGGGUGGCCCACCACCACCACCGCCUCCAAUGGGUGGCCCUCUACCACCCCCUCCACCACCUUUUGGAGACGAAACAUCAGGAAGGGCUGCUUUACUCUCUGACAUAAGUUCAGGCAUCCAGUUGAAACCUACUGAAACAAGGGACAGAACUGUUGACCCUAGAAAUGACCUCCUCAGUGCUAUCCAAAAAGGAACAGCUCUCAAAAAAGUGGAUGCUAGUGAGCGCCUGUCCAUAGCUCCCCCAACUGAUGCGGAUGGUUUGGUUGGGGCCUUAGCCCGGGCCCUGGCCAAUCGACAAAAACACAUCCAGGGAUCAGAUGAUGAGGAUGAUGACGAUGAUGAUGACGAAGAUGAUGAUGAGUGGGACUCUUAAAUUGUUGUAUAUGAUUUAUAAUAUUACAGUUGAUGCCUAUAUUUAUUUCAAAUAUAUUUUCAUUUAAUAGUUCUAUUUAAGUCUAGUAGAAUAUGGUUUUGUUGUUUUAUUAGUUUAUGUAAAUAUUUAAUUAAAAUUAAAAUAUUAAUAGUUUCUUUGUGUAUGUCCAAACAUUGUUAGUUUUGAAAACUUUUGGUUUGUUUGGAACUAGUAACUAGUUUGUGAUAGUAACAAUUUUUUACAUUUUUCAACAUUAUUAUGUAAA